UUGUAUUUGCUAAAGGGUAAUGAGUUGUUUUGACGGUGGAAAGGAGACAACACAUGAACAUUUUUGUAGAUCCAAAUCAAGUUCAUGUUACUUGUAAUUGAUAUUUAAAGAGGAUGAGAUUCCUCUUGUCCACCCUCAGCCUGUAAUAUAUAUAUAUUCAGCAGAUGACAAUGGGAAGACAGCAAAUAGGUAGAGUGAGUUGAAACACACAAUUGCAAUUGCAAGGCCUUCUUUCUUCUCUAAAACAAAGAAAAUGGCUGCCUCUCCUUUGAAUGUCCAACCUUCUUUCCAUGCUCGCUCAAACAGCUUGCCUUCAAGGCAACACCCCAUCACUUCCCAAAUUGAUGAAAAUCUGAACCGAUUGAGGGCAUCUGAAUCGGCCUCUACAUCUUCGUCAUCCACAGGACAUGAACUGACCUGUCUUCAAGAUUUGUACGACUAUGUGGAUAUGUUGCUCCAGUUUCCCCUCACUCAACAAGCUCUAGCUCAAGACCAGCAAAGGAAAUCGGUUGAACAAGUUUUGGAUGCAUCUCUCGUGCUCCUGGAUGUAUGCGGAACCGCUAAAGAUGCCUUGUUGCGAACCAAGGAAUGCACUCAAGAACUCCAAUCGGUUUUGCGCCGAAGACGAGGAGGAGUUGAAGGGCUUGGUGAUGAGGUUAGAAAAUACUUAACCUCCAAGAAGGAAGUGAGAAAGGCAAUAAGCAAGGCCUUCAAGAACUUGAAGCAUAUGGACAAUAAACUUAUGAGCAAAGACGGUGAGACUGGAGCCGUGAUUAGCACCUUAAAACAAGUAGUAGCAGCCACCAUGGGCGUGUUACAAUCCUUGUUGUCCUUUAUUUCAGGGGCAAAGGCAUCGAGCCGGUGGUCACUACUUUCAAAGUUAAUGCACCAGAAAAGCGUAAGGUGCGAGGAAGAAGAAGAGAAAACAAAUGAAAUCGCGAAUGCUGAAUCUGCAUUGCGUUCCUUCAUUAAAUCUGGAAACGUGAAGCAUGUUGAGAAUGUGCAAAAUGAGCUCCAAAACUCAGAGUUGUGCAUCCAAGACCUUGAAGAAGGUCUUGAAAGCUUCUUCAGGCGUUUGAUCAAAGCUAGAGUCACUGUUCUAAACAUUGUCAACUGUUGAAAUCUUGGCAUUGUAAACUUGUACAUAAUUAUAACUUACAUGUAUACAACUAUUGUUAAAACAAAAAAUUAUACAGUCUUCGUUCCACCAA